CCCGGGGCUCGCGGUGAGCGGAGGCUGUCGUCGCCAGGGAAGGGGUGGUGUCCGUGCCGCUGCGGCCCGCGGGAUCCCCAAGCCCGCCCGGAGCGGUGUGCGGGAGGCGCCCCUCCCUCCCCAGCGGCCGGUCCCCGACUCCGCUUUCUCCAAGACCCCGGUCCCCACCUACACACAACGGGGCCCUUGUGGCGGGGGAAAGAAAGGGUUCCGGUUCUAGUUUUGUGACUUAAAACAGUAUCCCAAAACUCUCAGGAUUGCCAUUAAGGCGUUCCUCUCUUUAAAACAUCUGACAGCUACUGUAACUUAGUACUUCUCCCAGACGCUUUCAUUUGAUGGUUCUAGCUUUUCGCGUUUGUGGUAGGAGAGGAAGUUUAUUUUUAACUUAGCCGGGUCCAAGCGCUGGUCAAGUAAUAAGCAAUUCUGGGACGCAGAUAGAACUAGGGCUGAAAGCAGAUGCAAACUAAGAUUCCGAGAGUGAUCCUGCUGCAGCCCAAUGAGCCAUGUCUUUUACGGGGAGACAGCUGGUUCUGGCUCCCUUUUUAAAUUGCAUUGUUCCCUGAUUUGGUCUGUUGUAGAAGCAGGAUUGAAAACAGCAGUGUUUGUUCCCUGAAGAGUAUGUGUGAACUCCGUAAGAGGAUAGGAGGGUGACGAGCUUGAAGUCCACGGAAUAAUUAGGAACUCAAGUGUUUCCUCAUUUUCAUUCAAAACCUGCUUCCUGCUGAGUCUGCAGAUAAGAGAUCAAAGACCACAACAUCUUGCCCUACCCAUGGAAACUCAGGCUGAUCAUGUAUCUCAGGAACCUCAGCCCCUGCUUGAGAGUGCGCUUUCUUCUUCAAAAGUCCCUGCCUUUUCCAACAAGGACAGUCUGGGGGAUGAGAUGUUGGCAGCUGCUCUUCUAAAAGCCAAGUCCCAGGAGUUGGUGACAUUUGAGGAUGUAGCUGUCUACUUCAUCCGGAAAGAGUGGAAGCGACUGGAACCUGCUCAGAGGGACCUGUACAGGGAUGUGAUGCUGGAGAACUACAGGAAUGUGUUCUCACUGGAUGGUGAAUCCAGGACUGAAAAUGAUCAAGAAAUUUCAGAAGAUACAGGAUUACAUGGGCUGCUACUGGGAAGAUUCCAGAAGGAUAUGUCUCAGGGUCUUAAAUUUGAAGAAGCCUAUGAACAAGAAGUCAGUCUAAAGAGGCAACUAGGGAACUCCUCUGGGAAAAGAUUGAAUAGGAAAAUACAAGAUUUUGGCCAAGUGACAGUUGAAGGAAAGCUCUCCCCUAUGGGAGAGAGAAAUGAGAAAUACAAUGAGUUUGGAAACAGCUUCACUGUGAGUUCCAACCUUAUUUCACAUCAGAGACUUCCUAUGGGAGACAGACCCCAUAAAUGUGAUGAAUGUAGCAAGAGCUUUAAUCGAACUUCAGACCUUAUUCAACAUCAGAGAAUCCACACAGGGGAAAAGCCCUAUGAAUGUAGUGAAUGUGGCAAGGCCUUUAGCCAGAGCUCACAUCUUAUUCAGCAUCAGAGGAUCCACACUGGGGAGAAACCUUAUGAAUGUAAUGAUUGUGGGAAGACCUUCAGCUGUAGCUCUGCUCUCAUCCUACAUCGGAGGAUCCACACAGGGGAGAAACCUUACGAAUGUAAUGAGUGUGGGAAAACCUUUAGCUGGAGUUCUACCCUUACUCACCACCAGAGAAUCCACACUGGAGAGAAACCCUAUGCUUGUAAUGAGUGUGGCAAGGCCUUCAGUAGGAGCUCUACCCUUAUUCAUCAUCAGAGAAUCCACACUGGAGAAAAACCCUAUGAAUGUAAUGAGUGUGGGAAGGCCUUCAGCCAGAGCUCACAUCUCUAUCAACACCAGAGAAUCCACACUGGAGAGAAGCCCUAUGAAUGUAUGGAAUGCGGAGGAAAGUUUACUUAUAGUUCAGGCCUUAUUCAGCAUCAAAGAAUCCACACAGGGGAGAAUCCCUAUGAAUGUAGUGAAUGUGGAAAAGCCUUCAGGUAUAGCUCAGCUCUUGUUCGCCAUCAGAGGAUUCACACUGGAGAGAAGCCUUUGAAUGUAAUGGGUAUGAGCAGAAGUUCUCUCAGAGUUACUGCUGAAUUAAGUAUCAGAGAGUCUACAUGAAAGAGCUGCAUACCCGUUUUCUUCGCUUCCCAAGUCUAAAGAGCUCUUGCCUUAUAACUUUGAACAACUUAGACUGGGUCUCUUCCACCUCAAACCUUUCCCUGUAGAAAAUGGGGCAGGCAGAUAGGGUACAUCAUUUUGGCACAGUGAUCAGAAAACCUAGUGGAUUUCCCAGAAAAUAGCCUUCAAAACUUGGGAGGCAAGUCAGAGAUUAAGUGCUGGGAACAGAAGGAAGCUUGAGGACAAGUCACCCUUUUUUGGAAGGGAGUUUGCACUAAACGAUUUUUCUCAUACCAGAGGAGCCUUUCUUUCCAACUUGGGGAUGAAAAAUUAGUAGGAAUAAAGUUCCAGUGAUUCUACUAGUUGGAAUCAAUGUAGUGAGCACAAAAGGCAGUGGAAAGAAUGUUCUGGGUCCUCUAUUUGCUGGGAAGAGGAAUAGAGGCAGUAUUUUGAAGCCACUGUCCCCAGUCAGCUUUAAGAUUUGACUAGAAACAUGCUGUUGUGUUUUGUAAUUUCAUUAAUUAAGCAAACUUAGUGUUGAAGGAGUUGUUAUUUUAUUGAAGAGGGGAAAAUGACCCCCAAAAGGAUUUCUGUGAUGACUGUAUCCUGUAGGACUUUUGGAACUACACAACCAUAUUUCCAAGAGCUGUCUGGCAAUACUGUAGGCAGACCCUCCCAUGUUCCCUAUACUGACUGAGAACUCCAGCUGAGCAAUGAAUAACCUGAGGGUACAUGUCAGAAGCAUUUAGCAUUGGCCUCUGACUCCUGCCCUCUCUUCCUCUUUCCACUCCUAUGAUGACAAGUGAUUUACUCCAACUUCUAGUUGCUAAGGAUGUUUUCAAGGAGUUCAGUCAACUUCUCCUGCCCUCUGUUCCCUCUAACAUCUGGCCCCAGCAGCUGAACCUCUGCUAACUCCACUUCUGACUUCAACAGCCAAGGAUUAAUCCAAAUAAAGAGCAGAGCCCAGAGAAGGAAGGCUAUGGCCUGAACCUGGUGACAGGGCCUCUUGUAGGGUGAGAAUGGUGCUCCCUGAUUUUUCCCAACCUGAGGGAUGACCUUCCAUUGUUUGCCCAGCCUUGUUCAUCCUGUAGCAUAAAGGAAGUGCACUAUUAAACAGAAUAGUUUUUCAGAAGAGGAAA